AUGGCGGGAUUCGACAACGGCAGCGGCCCCUGGGUGCCCCUCAGCCGCGAACAGAAACGUAAUCAAUUCCAUCACGAUCCCGCAAACCCCCAGAAGACGUGGCGAAGACUCCACGAUGAUAUGAUUAGCAUUGGUGACAGCUACUUUAACCAUGGCUUCGGCAAGGCACGACUUCGGGAGAGUCUGCGCGACUUCUGGGAUGAACUGAUCCACGCAGCGAAAAUCACUCCAGCGGACAGUCCCGAGCUUGACCGACUUGUGACGCUGAUUCUAGAGGCUCGCGAGUUGGGACAUUUUGCUCGACGCCCAGGGAGCAUGACAUCUAAUAUGGCUAACCUGGGCCGGAUGGACAACGAGGAAAGGCUCUGGUGUGACCUCCCUUUCCUCACAAGGGAGUUUCAAGAUGCCUGGGGAAACGAAUCGGCAAGCUACUCAGCAACAGAGCGAGAAAGCCUUGCCGCGCUAACCGCCAAACUGGUUGCUGUGGGGGUGUGCUCGGACCAGUUGAGCGGUUGUGCCCUGUGGUUCUUAAAGGAGACUCUGGAGACAGAAAGACCACUGAGAGGCCCCAACUCUCAAGACCACCCCGAGCAAACUAAUUCCGAGCCCUCUGUUGUCGACCUGCUUCCAGCCUGCGACGCAUGGUUUCAACAUGGACGAUUCAAGCUUGCCCAGCGCUCACUGGUGAAUUUCAAUCCGGACGUGUCUAUGUGGAGCAACGAAAACAUCCAAAUGUCGAGCCUGCCGGGUGGCCUUGCUCUCGAAGCAGGCGUUACUCAGCCUGGUUUUAGUGUUAAGCGGUGGUUGUUUUGGCGACAAAGGCUCAAGGACUUCUACGACUCAGGGGAUGCACAGAUUGCUGGGCUGGCAAGGGCCUGCUUCGAGGAGAUUGUCAUGGCUGGAAUGAAGGUAGGUCUCGAGAUCCCCGGCGAAAGGGAAUAUUUGAGAAACCUGUUCAAAGCUCUCCGCGAGGAACUUACGGCUCGGGGUCCCAAGGGAUGCGUUUGGCCGGAAGAAAUCGAAAUUGAUAUGGGUUGGGCAGAGGAGAAUAAAUCAACUAACUAG